AUGAACGCUCAGAAGCUCGCUCAGCUCCAGCAGGGAGUCCGGAUCGGUGGUAAGGGUACCCCCAGGAGGAAGCACAAGGCCCCCAGGAAGAAGAACGCUACCACUGAUGACAAGAAGCUGCAGAGCCAGCUCCAGAAGCUCGGCUGCCAGCCCAUGCAGGGUAUUGAGGAGGUCAACCUGUACAAGGAUGACGGUACCGUGAUUCACUUCAACAACCCCAAGUUCCACGUUGGAAGCGGAGCUACCAUGUACGUCGUGAGCGGCCGUGCCGAGAACAAGACCAUCCAGGACAUCAUUCCUUCCCUCCUCCAGAACUCCGCUCUCGGCCAGGCUGCCGCUGCCGCUGCUGCCGCCAAGAAGGGUGGUGAUGAUGACGUGCCCGAACUCGUUGAGAGCUUCGAGUCCUCGUAA